AUGGCGAAGGCUGAACUAGUGGUACCGCCUGAGCUAACGGCACCCGACCCUAGUCGCGAGUGUGUUGUGACGACAGAUGUUUCGGAAUUUGCGUUUUGCGCGUGCCUAUCCCAAGAGAACAAAGUCCAUACAUCGACACGUUUCUGCUUCAAAACCGAAAUGUCCGAUCCGUCCAACGGUCCUCCAAUCGAAACGCUGAUCCCUUCAUCCAUCCCGGAGCUCUACGCCCGCAGCAACGCGUUUCAGCGGAACACGAACAUCACGUGCCUGGACUUUUUGCAGCAGACCUUCAGUCCCACGUCCGACGUAAACCAACAGUUCUUGGAUGUGGGAUGCGGAACGGGCGACUUCACCAGGCAGGAACUUCUGCCCCGCUGCCAGCCCUGUCGUCGCAUCGUCGCCACGGAAGUGGUCCAUGAGACUGCAGAGUACGCCAAGAAACACUCGGCCCAUCCGCAGAUCGUGUACGAGGAGCACGACAUCCGAGGCGAUGUGUCGGGGCUAGAGGCCAAGUACGGCAAGUUCGAUAGGGUCUACUCGCUCUUCGCCCUGCACUGGGUAGAGGACCAGGCUGCGACGCUUAGGAAUAUCGUGAGCCUCAUGAAGGACGAUGGCGACUGCGUGCUCGUGUUUGCGGCACGCACGACCCUUUGCAAGAUCUGGAAGAGGAUCGUACAGCUGGAUCGCUGGAGGGCGUACGACGAGUUAUCCAGACGCUUUAUUGCCAAGAGUCAGAGUAUGGAGGACCGCUCCACUCUCGUGUCCUACAUGCUGGAUACCCUAAAGAGCGCCAACUUGAAGCCACUCACUUGCGAGGUGAUGACCGCAGUUCAGAGCGUUGAGGAUUCGGACCUCGUGAUGGGUGAGUUGGCGAUGAUUCUCGUACCUGCAAAACCCAUCUGCUAA